AUGGAACGCUUGGGCACAGGACCAGCCAAUGAUUUGUUGACUGACGAUGAAUCUGAUGAAGUCUCUCUACAGAAGCUGAAAAUGUUGGGAGAGUCAGAUGAGUUGAAGCAUUUGUUACUCAAUCCACAUCUCCGACAACUGGUAGCAGCACUUGACCAGGCUGAGAACAAAGAUCAAGAAUUGAAGAAAUAUAUGCAAGAACCAUUGUUUGCAGAAUUUGCAGACAAAUGCCUUUCCAUUGUAGAUCCGGAGGAGAAAGAAAAUAUUUUGCAGGACUGACGGCAGUAUGUGUAUAAGAUGAAGGGUAACUAG